AUGCCAUCGCCGCCAUACCUGAAUGGUCUUGGCCAGAGUCAACCGACUUCACCUGCAACCCCAGUAUCUGUCGCUGGAGAUUCUGAGCUCGCAUGUCUUAGCAAGCGCUGCGAGCAGUUCAUGGUCUUCGACCAGGAAAAGGCGAAAUUUAUAAAUGAGCUGAUGACGCGCUACGAGUACCUUCACCAGCAGCAUCAGGUCAUGAUCUCAGAGCGCAACCGAGAGCGCGACUGGGCCGUCCAAUGGCAAAAGGAGAAACUGCGAUACGAGAAGUGGAUCAAGAGCAUGCAACGAGCCAUGGCUGAUAACCCGUUUGUCAUGAUCCUCAUUGACGGAGACGGCAUGAUCUUCCGCGACGAACUCCUUCACCAAGGCGAACUGGGUGGUCGUCGGGCUGCAUUUGAGUUGUAUGCUGCUGUCCAAGCUUAUAUCGAGAGCGAGACCAGCGACAUACCAGUGUCCGCACGCAUCGUUUGCCGCAUCUACGCUAAUGUCCGGGGACUGAGUGAUGUACUUGUGCGGACAGGUGCUGUCCAAGAAAUGGGCCAAUUCGAUGAGUUUGUACGUGGCUUCACCCGAAGCAAGACACUCUUCGACUUUGUGGACGUUGGACCUGGUAAAGAUCGUGCAGACGAAAAGAUCGUAGAAUCCUUUAAGCUCUUCUCCCAGGAUUACCACUGCCGCCGCAUACUUUUUGGAUGCUCACACGAUAACGGCUACGCGCGAGCCUUGGAAGAGUCGUCUGACAAGGCUGAGCUGUUGAGCAAGGUAGUCCUCCUCGAAGGUGUGCCCUUCGAGAAGGAGUUACUCUCACUCCCUUACAGCACCAAGAAGUUUCCUAAUCUGUUCCGCGACGCCAAGAUUGUCCUUCAAGAUCCCACUGUACCAAGCAAAGCCAUCGACUACUCAUCUCCAAGUACCCCGAUUCUCAACAUGCUAUCGGGCGUUUCCACUCGAUUGCCACCGCCAGGUCGACCCACUCAGCUACUGGACAGUCCCAUGCUCGGUCAGGCCGUGCUAUCCGCUCUCCCAAGAACGCCUUGGACCUCUACAGUAAAUUCGGAUCCGUUCCCGGCGCUCAAGCCUCAAAACACUGUGCCGAACAGUUGGGCGGCCAAAGCUGCUGCCCCAGCACCCCCGGUUCCCGCCUCUCCUGUAUAUCUGCCUACGAACCGCGAGGAAGUCAUUGCGCGCAAUCGUUCCGGUCAGCGUAUUGAUCCUCCAUGCAAACAUUAUGAUAAGACCGAAGUGGAUCGUGUCAAGAAGUUGAAGUUGUGUAAUGUCCACUUUCUGCGAAAAGAAUGCCCCUAUAAUGGGGACUGUACACAUUUUCACGCCUUCACGCCCUCGAAUGACGAGAUUCGUACACUCCGCCUGGUUGCACGUAUGGCUCCAUGCCAAAACGGUAGCGGUUGCCAAGAUGUCAAAUGUAUUUAUGGUCAUCGCUGCCCUGCGCCUCUUCAACGCAACAGGCGUAACACAGAUGUCAAGCCUUGCAUCUUUGCAGAGACAUGUAAAUUCCCAAUCGAGCUUCACGAAAUCGACACAAAUGUAGUAAAGACCCUUGUGGUUCGUUAG